AUGUCCUCCUCCGCUGCCAUGUCUACGCAAGAGACGACGCCGAAGCCAGCGAAAUUCAAGACUCCUACUUGUGUGUUAUGUCGCAAACGCAAGCUCCGCUGCGACGGCAACUCCCCUUGCUCACCAUGCACUCGAACAAGAACUCCAGUAGUUUGUACCUACGUCCCCAAAACGGUCGGCCAAUUGCGUUCGGAGUUGCCAAAGGGCGGGGCAUGUAUAACGUGUCGACAGCGCAAACGCAGAUGCGACGGCCACUUUCCCUGUAGGACAUGUGUUCAGGCAGGCCGGCCUGACGAAUGCGCGUAUCGCGAGAAGCCGCGCUCAUCAUCAUCUUCGCCGUCCUCCUCAACAGGCACAAAGAGCAAGCCGAGAAAACAAAGACAGUCAGUUGUCGAUGCUGGCAGCCCCGCUUCAAGCGGUAGCAGUUCCGCCUCAGAUUCAAGGCCGACGACGCCCCAGGACUAUCAGGAAGAGCAGGAGCAUUGGCCCAAGCUGCAUGUCGACCACUCGGGAUUCGAAUCGGAGUUUGAUACCAGUAUGAAUGUGUUCGCUGGGAGCUGGGACAUGUCGCAGUGCGACUUUUCGGCCACGUCGAGCGCGGCGUACUCCCCAGGGUAUGACUACGAGUACAACGAGUCAAGGGUCAAUUUAGUUUCCCAGCAUCUUCACCUUUCGCCGUCCAAGCUGUCCGCCCUGGCACAAGGCGACCUGUCUGGGCGGGCCAUCCACCCCACAUUGGUCCACGCAAUCGAUCUCCUGUCCUGCCUCUCUUCCCCUCCUCCCCAGCCCUUCCCCGAGUACGAGUUCGAGCCGAGCGCCGCUGCCUGGGGCCUCGAUUCACGAGAAACAGAGCUCCUUUCGCUCGUGCGCGCCGCCCUGGCGCCGCUGUCCCUUGAGGCGGCGCCAGACGCGGUCACGAGUGUCCAGCUGCACGUGCUCUUGCAUGCCUACUACUCGCUGAAACGGGAUUUUGGUAGCGCCUUAGGCUGCAUUAGCGGAGCUGGGUCGGUUUUGGUUGGCCAAGCGGGGACGAUUGCGCUGAGAGGGGGCUUUUGCUCUAUGAUGGGGAACAUUAACUUGGACUGCGGCAGUGAUCAGGAUGGGGAGGCGGAAGAGGUCCGGGCUGCGCUCGCCCAGGUGGUCUUCCUCGAUAUCCAAGCGCAGCUGGUGCAUGGCGCGCCGUCUAGUCUCGACGGGGAGGUGUAUGAACGGUUUCGCGGGGUGAUGACGCUACACAACGACCUCAACCCGCUCUCUCUCCGCGGCAAGGCGUUCCUCGCGCUGUACGACGCGAAGCAACUCGUCUCCGCCUGGAACACGCAUUUCUCGGCCGGCGGGACGGUGCCCACUGCCUGGGCAAGACGUUACCGGGCGCUCAUCGUUGAUCUCGAGGGCCAAGUUGCGGCCAUGCAGGACGGCAACCAGUCGACGAUGGAGGCGCUCAUGGGGGCGCAUGCCGCGCUCAGUGAACUGUUUUCUGUGUUUCCAGGGGACGAAAUCGCACGGAGGAGGGCAGCAGACGCGGCAAGGAUGGUUGUUAAGCUGAUCGACGGACCAAGAGGCUGGGAGUGGAGUGCGGUGGCUGGGGUGGUGUGGGCUGGCGCGGCGCGGUUGCUGCAGCUGUGA